UGUUUCCUGAACUAGCUUGUGCAGAGUGUCUGGGGACAGCACAGGAGACAGCUUUUAUUCCUGAACGCAAUACGUCAAAGCAGCCAGUCAUUUCAGCCUGAAUAGAAGAACAAAGGCUGCCUUACAGAGAGAGAAAGAAAGAAAGAGCUGGAUAAUGCCUUUUAAUAUGGCCACCAUAGCUGUGGGAGAAAAGAACUGCAAAGGACAGCUAAUAGAGUUCUGUUUAAAAAAUAACAAGCCAAGCCCUAAGUUUGAAAUAUCUGAUCAAACAGGACCACCACAUAACCCUGUUUUUGUUUGCAGCGUUUUUAUCGAUAAUACACUGGUUGCAAAAGUGGAAGACAAAAAUAAGAAGUCAGCAGAGAACACAGCAGCCAAACUGGCUUUGCAAGCUCUUGGAAUGCAAGACAAUCCAGUUCAACUAGAUUAUGUUGCACUACUACAUGAAUUCUCUCAGGGGACAACAAUUUCAAUGUUUCAACGUUUCAACUUCGUGUCAAUGUCUCGUGAAGGACCUGAUCACACUCCUGAGUUUACCAUGAGGGUGGAAAUGAAAGGUAAAAUCUUUCCAACAUCAAGUGCGAAAAGAAAUAAAAAACAGGCCAAAAAAGAGGCAGCCUAUCUUGCUCUACAAGAGAUCAGAAAAGAGUUCCCACAUGAGAUUCCGGAGUUGCCAGAUGUUUUCAUAGAUGAGUCUGGUUCUCAAAAUUCUUCUCUGUCUGAAAGUGCUGGGGGUGAAUUCAGUGGUAAUAGAAGUUUUUCUGAAAAUGGAUUCUCUGAUUCAGGAUCUGCAACUUCUGAGUGCCAGUAUCGGCAGGACCCUGUGGCAUUACUCAAUCUUUUCUGUCAGAAAAAUAAAUGGCUACCUGAAUUUGAGGAUAGUGGGCGGAGUGGACCAUCUCAUAAUCUGCAGAUGUCAUGCAAAGUAAAGAUUGGAACAAGAUACUUUCCAGAAAGUAGUAUGAGAAAAACAAAGAAACAGGCAAAAAAAGAGGCUGCAUUUCUUGCACUGAAAGAGCUCAAAGGAGAGUUUCCUCAGGAUAUUCCGGACUUGACAGAAGUUUUCACAGAUGAAGCAGAGACAAGACAUUCUUCGGUCUCAAGUCAUAUGAACAGUGACCAUAUUAAGCCAUCAUCAGAAAGCGGACUGCAUAGCAGUACAACCUCUAAUUCUGAGUGCCAGUAUUGGCAGGACCCUGUGGCAUUACUCAAUCUUUUCUGUCAGAAAAAGAAAUUGCUACCUGAAUUUGAGGAUAGUGGGCGGAGUGGACCAUCUCAUAAUCUGCAGAUGUCAUGCAAAGUAAAGAUUGGAACAAGAUACUUUCCAGAAAGUAGUAUGAGAAAAACAAAGAAACAGGCAAAAAAAGAGGCUGCACUUCUUGCACUGAAAGAACUCAAAGGAGAGUUUCCUCAGGAUAUUCCGGACUUGACAAAAGUAUUUAUAGAUGAAUCAGAGACAAGACAUUCUUCGGCCUCAAGUCAUAUGAACAGUGACCCUUUUAAGCCAUCAUCAGAAAGCGGACUGCAUAGAAGUACUACCUCUAAUUCUGAGCUUACACCACAGUCUUCAGGCCUGACACCUUCAAAUCUUCAGAGGAAAAACUUAAAUAUUGGGCUAAACCAACCAACUACAGACUCAGGGGGAGGAUCUUUACUAUCUCCCAGUGCAAGAAGCAGUAGCAAUGAUUUAAGCAGAGCACAAAGGGUAGGUGGAGAGUUGGCAGGUCCCACUUUGGGUAGUCCACUGGCACAGUUUGACAACAUUGAUAAGCUUGAUAAGGGAGCAUUUGGUCAAGUGGUAAAAGCCAGGAAAAUACUUGAUGACAAGUUCUAUGCUGUAAAAAUAGUGCAGGUGCGCGACAAUAAAGUUCUACAAGAAGUAACCACCUUAGCUCGCCUUGAACAUCCAAACAUUGUCCGCUAUUACAAUGCCUGGUUGGGCGUGGAUGACUUUUGUGACGGCAGUGAAAGCAGUUAUAGUAGUUCAAGCGACUUCAGUAGAACUGGGACUUGCCUUUAUAUUCAAAUGGAACUGUGUGAAGGAGGGAGCUUAAAAAGGUGGAUCAGAAAAAGGAAUUCGCAAAAUAACAUUAACAAGUCAGAGAGUCUUGACAUAUUUCGGCAGAUUAUUGAAGGAGUAAGUUACAUCCAUUCCCAAAAACUUAUCCACAGAGACUUGAAGCCUGGAAAUAUAUUAUUUACUAAGAACAUGAUAGUGAAAAUAGGAGAUUUUGGCCUAGUGACUCGAAUGACUGGUGAGGAAGAGAAAAAAGCACUUGAGCGGACUCGUGGAACUGGUACUCGGAGCUAUAUGGCUCCAGAACAGAAAGAUAACAAGUAUGAAAAUGAAGUAGACAUAUACCCAUUAGGACUAAUAUUAUUUGAACUUUUAUGGAUAUUUCACUCUGAUCAUGAGAAAGCAAAACACUGGCCCGAUGUUCGUCAAGGUAUAUAUCCUAGUGGAUUUGAAGAGCAACACCCCUUGGAGAAACCUUACAUCAGCAAAAUGUUGUCACAUGACCAUAAGGAACGACCAUUGGCUGAAGAUUUAGCCAGAUCUUUUCAAAAAAGAAAAAUACUUAAUUCUCAAACCCACUAAGCAUGUUAUAACAUUUAUUUUAUUAUUCCCGGAGAGGUGGAGGACAAAAGCCUUUAAAAUCCUACAGAUCCAUUUGAAAUCCAUUUAAAAAUAAAAAUUUAUAUAAAAUGGAUAUCUGAAAAGGUUACUCAAAUAGAUGUGAACAGGUACUAAAGCUCAGCUUCUCCUCCACUGCAUUCCCAAUCUGUACAGACAAGAAGAUAAAUGCUUGUUUUAAACCCAUGUAAGGCUGGGUCCACACUACGUUUUGUCCCAUACGGGAGCGCAUACGGCAGGAGGGAGCUAAAACCUCGCGCUCCCGUAUGUUACCGUAUGCGCUCCCGUAUGUCAUUCAUUUCAAUGAGCCGACCGGAGUGAAACGUACGGUCCGGUCGGCUCAUUUUUGCGCCGUAUGCGCUUUUACAACCGGACCUAAAACCGUGGUUUAAGAAUGUUAUGGGUGGAGAGGAAGGGAGGUUAAAGGGAGUUUAACCUUUUCUAUUUGUAAUAAUGUAUAUAGAUUGUGUAAGUCUUAUAAAAAUGUGUUAAUGUAAUACAAACUUUCUGAGCACUAAAUAAAACAAUCACUGAAAAUGGGACAAAAAUUAAUCAAAAAUCUCAGAGAAAAGCCAUAUUUACUGGUUUCUGAUACAAGGACACCCAUUCCCACUAUGAUGCAGAUCAGACACAAUGCUAUAAUGGGGGAGGGCGCAGAGGUCUCACGCGCUUACUAUUCAUGAGGGGGUAGCUGCUUAGUAUUAUAGUUGCACUCAGAUAAGGCUACAAACACACUACAUUUUUGCCCCCGUUAAUCGUAUCUAUCAGCAUUCUGUGGUCUGAUCCUUGCGGUCGUGCUAUAGAAGUACAUUAGGUAUAUUAACCUCAUAAUGACCAGUGAAUAUUUAGCCAGUCUCUCUCAUACAUAAGUAUGUAAGUGAACUGUAUGCAGUGUAGCAGCUGUAAGCUAUUUGGCUGUAUAUUCACUGUGUGUGAGGAGAACUGAGCAUGCCUGACCGCAAGAGGAAAUUGCCUACAGGACGUAUCCCAUGGCAACAUGCAAAAAACAAGAGAGCAUCCAGCCUAUAUUGGUAGGGCUACCUUUCAAAAACAAUUGAUUUCUGAUAAUAAUUUGUUAUUGAAAAUAUGUUUAAUUUCACAUAAUGCAUCACUUUAGAUAUAUUUAUGGUAAACGCCCUUGUACAUGUGCAAUUAAAUUUAACAAUCCCACCACAGUAAAGUUACAACCAAUACAUACAGCAGAACCCGUGCUGGUGCGGCACGAGUGCCACAUGUCAUGUAGUGUUGUUAUGCAUGCAAAAGAAUGAUUAUUAUACCUGGAUUACUGUAUCCUGCAUGAUACUUUUAACAAUACCAACUUCAGCAAUAUUAAUAUUAUCAUAUGUGAUCACAGUCACAAUACAAUCGUAUUAUCAUAUGUAAACACGAUCACAAUGUAUCAUUAUGUACUUUGGAGGAUGUCCCUUUAUGCUGGUACAUGGUAUUUAUAGUGGAAGAGCCAUUAUUUUCUUAUGUUUAACCCCUUAAAGGGGUACUCCGGUGGAAAACCUUUUAUUUUUUAAAUCGACUGGUGCAAGAUAGUUAAAAAGAUUUGUAAAUUACUUCUAUAAAAAAAAAAAAAUCUUAAUCCUUUCAGUACUUAUUAUCUGCUGAAUACUACAGAGGAAAUUCUUUUCUUUUUGGAACACAGAGCUCUCUGCUGACAUCACGAGCACAGUGCUCUCUGCUGACAUCUAUGUCCAUUUUAAGAACUGUCCAGAGUAAGAGAAAAUCCCCAUAGCAAACAUAUGAUGCUCUGGACAGUUCCUAAAAUGGCUGUGCUCGUGAUGUCAGCAGAGAGCACUGUGUUCCAAAAAGAAAAUAAUUUCUUCUGUAGUAUUCAGAAGCUAAUAAGUACUGGAAGGAUUAAAAAAAAUUAAUAGAAGUAGUUUACAAACUACUGGUCACGUGGAUAAUUGCUUAUCUUGUAACAGAUAUAAAAAGGCAGCGUUAGUAGCAACAUGUACCUUGAUUAAGGGCUUGUAACAGCCCGAAACGCGUCGGUCUGUGCGUUUUUUAACUCACUAUGCACAGGUGUUUUUUGUUCAUUGUCCUAUUUCUUCAAUUUUAAUGGAAUUAUAAUAAAACUAUAUUUUUACUCCAAGAGGAGCUGCGUUUCCCCCACCCCCUAUGUUCCUUCUAUAAAGUUUACAAAUCUGUUUAACUUUCUGGCACCAGUUGAUUUAAAAAAAAAAAUAAAAAUAGGUUUUCCACCGGAGUACCCCUUUAAGGACCAGGCCCUUUUUGGCCUUAAGGACCAGGGCCAUUUUAUUUUUGAGAGGAAAAAUAUGAAUUGGGUUACUGCACACUAAUAUAAAUACGUUGCGUCUAGACCGAGGUACUGAGUUGCGCUAUACCCAAAAGUGCCAAAAAAUAAGUAAUAACCAAAACAGAGGGAAUUCAGGCCUCAAGGUGUAAACUUAUUACUUAUUAAAAUGUAACCUUCCAAUUAUGGAAAUGAAGAGAAAUAUGAUGUAACUGGUUUAAAUAAAAUAUGUGAUUUAUUAAAUAAAUGUGGUGUCCCAGUACCGUACCUUGUACCGUACCUUGUGUGCUAAGUCUCA